CCAACCUCUUUUUUUCUUCCUUUCUCCGCUUUACGGCUUCACCCCUCUCUAUCGGCCUCUCUUUCCUAGCGGUGAUCACAGGGCACCCGGCGGCGCCCUUGGCCAGGCCAGAUCUUCGUCGGGCGCUUCGACGGCGACGAGCAUCCGACACCGCCAGAUUGCAGAGUGAAGGUUUUCUUAUUUCUGUUCCUGUAUUUUGGAGUUUAACUCUACAAGCUUCGGAACAUGUUCAAGAAUACAUUUCAGUCUGGGUUCCUUUCCAUUCUUUAUAGCCUUGGGACCAAACCAUUGCAGAUAUGGGACAAGGAAGUUGUGGAUGGGCACAUUAAACGGCCUCAGGAUGAGGAUAUCCAGUCUAAUGUACUUGAAAUCAUUGGAACAAAUGUGCAGUCAACUUACAUCACAUGCCCAGCUGAUCCUUCUGCCACUCUUGGAAUCAAGCUUCCGUUUCUGGCCAUUAUUGUGAAAAAUCUUAAGAAAUACUUCACGUUUGAGAUCCAAGUUCUGGAUGAUAAGAAUGUCCGUCGGCGAUUUCGGGCAUCAAAUUUUCAAUCUGUUACAAGGGUGAAGCCAUAUAUCUGCACAAUGCCGUUGAAGCUUGACGAUGGCUGGAACAACAUUCAGUUGAACCUCGCUGAUCUGACAAAAAGAGCGUAUGGCACAAACUACGUUGAGACGCUCCGGGUGCAAGUUCAUGCAAACUGUCGGCUCCGCAGAAUUUAUUUCUCGGAUCGCCUCUACUCAGAGGAGGAGCUGCCACCUGAAUUCAAGCUCUACCUUCCAAUCCAAAAAUCAUAGGAAUCGGAGCAAGCAUGGUGAGACUUUGGUCACCAGAAGGCAGAAGCCGGACCACAUAUCGUUUCGACGCUCGCUAGUGCACAGCUGCGCAUUUUGCCUUCCUGAGACCAAGAAAAGUGUCGGAAUGUUUUUGUUGGUUUGCUGAUUGGUGUCCACUGAACGACUAGGCUCCUGUGCUCAGAGCAAGGUGACUGGCUGUGGUCUUACCCAAUGACCUUUGUGUAUGUGACGACUUGAAAUGUUAAUGGGAACCCUUUAUGUACUGGUCCUUCUGGUCCAGAGCAAAAACCAACCCUUACUGGCCGCUGCCUGGCCAUUUAACGUGCUUCUUCCGCAGUGGUGUGGUACUA